CUGUGCGACGUGACGUGCACCGGCGCCGACGCCUUCGCGGCGCACGUGCGCGGCAUCAAGCACCAGAAGGUGCUCAAGCUGCACACCAUGCUCGGCAAGCCCAUCCCGCCCGCCGAGCCGGCCAAGCUGCACCAGGCGAAAAAGACGGUGGCCGGUACGCCCAAGAUCGCAUUCGUGGCGUCUGGAGAGCUCAGCACGGUCGGGAGCGGCAAUGAAGAGGGCAAACCGUGUGAAGCAGACAAGGAGAAGGAGGGCGAGGACAAGGAGGAGGACGGCGACGCCGAGCCCGAGGUGCAGCCGGUGGGGCAGGACUACAUCGAGGAGAUCCGCGGCGACGACGGCAAGGCGCUCAGCUUCAACUGCAAGCUGUGUGACUGCAAGUUCAACGACCCCAACGCCAAGGAGAUGCACAUGAAGGGCCGCCGCCACCGCCUGCAGUACAAGAAGAAGGUUCAACCAGAUUUAGAAGUUAAAGUCAAGCCAUCAACACACCAACGUAAGUUGGCCGAGGCCAAGGCACAACGAAUGCUGGUCCGUGACGAGUUAUGGGCGAGGCGACGUAUGCAUGAUGGCAUGGAAGAGGAAGAACGCGCGUAUUGGGAGGGAGGCGCCGAGGCGUGGUGGCCGAGAGGCCCGUUGCCGCCGCAUCUACACCACCAUCACCACGGCAUGCCGUACGGCGCGCCGGCGCGGCGCAGCGAGACGUCGGACGACCGGCACGUGCUGGCGCGCCACGCCGACAUCUACCCGGCCGAGCAGGAGCUGGCCGACAUCCAGCGCGCCGUCUCGCACACCGAGCGCGCGCUCAAGUCGCUCUCCGACGCGCUGGCCGACCUGGCGCGCCCCAAGAAUCAGCCUACUAAAGGUGGAGUUAAACCUGAUGACAAAAAAGAUGACAAACCAGAAGGCAAAGAGGAUGGUCGAGACAAUCAGUUGUUCUCGUUCGUGGGCGAGGGCGAGGCGGGCGCGGGGGCGGGCGGCGGCGCAGGCGCGGGGGCGGGGGCGGGGGCGGGCGCGGGCGCAGGGGCGGGGGCGGGCGCGGGCGGCGGCGAGGCGGGCGUGCGCGCGCUGAAGGGCGUGAUGCGCGUGGGGCUGCUGGCCAAGGGGCUGCUGCUGCGCGGCGACCGCGACGUGCGGCUGGUGGUGCUGUGCCACGACCGCCCCACCGUCACGCUGCUCAAGCGCGUCGCCGCCGACCUGCCGCACCACCUCGCGCGCGUCAAGGGCCCGGGUGACGAACCCAAAUACAAAGUGGAGCUGCAGGCCGCCGAGGGCGCUGUGCAAGUAUCGGACGGCAACGUGAACGUGCUGGUCAGCCUCACGUCGGCUGUCAUGCGAGAGCCUGCAGAGGGUGGCGACAUAAAGCGAGACGACAAGGAUGUGCUACCGCGGCAGAAGUGUUUGGACGCGUUGGCCGCCCUUCGGCACGCCAAGUGGUUCCAGGCGCGCGCGGCCAGCCUGCAGUCGUGCGUCAUCAUCAUCCGCAUCCUGCGCGACCUCUGCCGCCGCAUACCCAACUGGACGCCGCUCAAUCCAUACGCGAUGGAGCUGCUGGUGUCGGGCGUGAUGCAGUCUGCGGGCGCGGCGCUGUCGCCGGGCGAGGCGCUGCGCCGCGUCAUGGAGGCGCUGGCGGGCGGCCUGCUGCUGGAGCACGGGCCCGGCCUGCGCGACCCCUGCGAGAAAGAGCUCGUCGAUGCGCUGGGUAACAUGCCACCACAAAAGCGUGAGGAUUUGACAGCGUCUGCUCAGCAGUUCCUAAGACAAAUUGCAUUUAGACAAAUACACAAGGUGCUGGACAUGGAGCCGCUGCCGAAGCUGAAGCACGCGGGCGGCGGCUGGAAGUUCCCGCGCAAGCGCAGGCGCUCCAACACCGACCCCGAGCCCGACCAGCCCAACGGUGAAGGCAAAGUGGUGAAGACUGACGAGAAAACGGACGUCACCGAUGCGAGUGCGGCAAACGUCAAGAAGUAA